AUGAAAAAAGGGAUUAUUGCAAGUUGUUGCUCCAUGGCCACGCAGAGCUCUUCUGAAUCUGAUCAAGAACCAGUGAAACUGACGGCCCGCCGGAAGAUAAAUGAGUCCGAUCAUCGGCCGGCUGAUGAAACAAUUCGUGAAACCAGGAAUGAGGUGUUGGAGAAGCACCAGUCUUCUUUGGCGGGGGUAGUAAGCCCGUCGAGGAAGGAAAAUGUACGGACGAAAACAGAGGAUCAUCAAGCGGCCGGACUUCCGGUGACCACAUCGGAGGAGGUCACCGGACGGGAGAGACUAAAGAGACAUCGGGUUGAAGUGGCGGGUCAGGUAUGGAUUCCGGAGAUGUGGGGUCAAGAAGGGCUGCUGAAGGAUUGGAUUGAUUGUGGGGUAUUUGAUGCAGCAGUAGUGAAUACAAGUAUCAUGUCAGCUCGAGCAGCAUUGGUUGAAGAAGGAAGAAAAGCCCAUUCCACCAGAUUAAGAAUAGAGAACAGUUGUUAG